AGGAGCAUUUUGGCACGGACAGCAUGAUGUAGAGCUGCGCGGCGCCGCGCCAUGGUGGCGCAGACUGCCAGCAGGUCUCGCUCGCCACGUCAUGGUGCGCAACCUCUGAAAGUUGGUGUGCAGCCCCCCGUCGUGUUCGAGGGUGGUGCUCGCGAGGACACGUGGGCCGGCCGCGGGCUAUUGAAGAAGCAGCUGCACGUCGGCUGCACCGCCACGCUCAAAGGGCUCUCCGUGCAGCGGAAUGGCCAGAGCUGCGUGGUGGAGGCCUUUAUCAGGGAGACGGGCAAGUGGCGCGUGCGGCUGCAGGGCAGCGGGCAGAGGAAAGAGCUGAAGCCCGACCACCUGAUCCUGGAGAGCCACGCGGAGGUCGCGCCGCCCUACGACUCCGCUAUCGAGGGCCCUCGUGCGGGCGCGGGCGCGGUCCCAGGGCGGGCCAGCGAAGCGGUCCGGCCGGAGGCGGAGGGGAGGCCGACGACGACGCUCGCCGCAGGACGGAGGGUCACGCUGCAGGGGCUGAGGAGUGCGGUGGAGCUGAACGGCCAGGGCGGAGUGCUGGAGGUGCUGAUCCCGGAGUCAGGGCGGUGGCGUGUGAAGCUCGACGGCGGGCAGGUCAAGGACCUGAAGCCGGACAACCUGGUGCCGCAGGAGGCGCCGGUGCUGCCAGACGCGCCCGAGUCGGUGCUCAGGGAGGCUGCCGCGCUUGAGGCGGAUCUCGACAAGGGCGCGCGCUGGGAGGCUACCCCAGGGGACGCGUGCGGGCCGGGGGGCCGCUUCGUCAUCGAAGAGAUGCUUGGCGAGGGCGUCUUCUCGACCGUCUUCCGCUGCAGGGACGCCCGGGUGAGCGGCAUGGCGUACGCCGUGAAGUUCACGCGCUCCAGCGAGAGGACGCGGAAAGGCCUCGAGAGAGAGAUCCGGAGGGGAUGGGGCGUGCUCUCCAUUUGGGUCCAAGCUGUAGUCACCAGAGUCGGUGGCGGCUGCACGACGGCGUGCCCCUUGGAACCCGCUGGCUGCAUCGUGCCUCGAGGCAGGCAGCCAGCAGGGGCCGAAGCGCAGCUCUCCGCCUCGCCGUGGCGUCGGUGGCGCGUGCCGCAGCGCGUGCACGACACGAGCAGGUGUGGGCAUAGUGGUCCAGGCGCCGCUCGUUUCAGAGAGAUGAUGAACGUGACGCGUGCCUUGGGACUUCCUCUCGUGGUGUUUGGGCGUCCUCGUCCUCGUGCUCGUGUUCCUGCCCGUUGUCUUCCUGGUCACCUCGCUGCCCUCCCCGUCAUCCACGCUGUCAUCCUCGUCAUCCGCCGCCUUGUCGUCGCCAUCGUUCUUCUUUCUUUCCCCCUACGAGCCCAAUGGACAACAUCGGCGCUUCCCGUUCCUGUCCGGUCAGGUCUUGGAGCGUUCCUGCGAAGAACGUAGAUGAUCUCGAACCGGAUCGCUGUGGCGUCAUCUUCUGUUGCGCGCGGUCAUGUAUUCAGAGCUUCAGCGGCAAUGAGUUUUUCAUACCUCUGGGUAAUUGCUCGGCAUGCUCACGGGGCGCCAUAUUCGGGAACAGCAUUGGUAUGUGGAUCACCUGGGCGGUCAGCCGUCUGGUGACGAUGCCUCAAGAUCUUUGCUCACGAGAUGCAUCGAUUUGCAAGCGUGU